CUGCGAGCUGAGGGGGCGCGCGGCGGGGAGCGGCGCGGGAGCGGCGCCGGUGACCACUCGGCUCGGCGGCGAGGGGGGCUCCGCUCCUCCCACAGUCCCGUGAGGCGGCGCGUGCUCUCCUGCAGCGCCGGCGCCCGAAGCGCAGGACCCGGGUCCGGCCGCGCCGAGGAGCCGUGGCAGCCGAUGCCCCCCGCGCUGUGGCGCUCAGCGGAUCCGCGAUGGACGCGAGCGAGCGCCGAGGCGGCAGCGCGGAGCACGGAGCUGCCUGGGCCGGGCCCGGGCGGGAGGCGGCGGCGGCGCCCGGGGGGGCUGCGGGCGCUCGGUGCGCGGCGUGCGCGGGAAGCGGCCCGGGCGGCACCGAGCUGCACAGCCCCGAGUCCAGCGGCGGCUCGGCCGAAAAAGCCAACAGCGAGCAACUGAAUUGGAGCCAGUCCCACAAAGAUAUGAUGAUGAUGAUCCAAGAAAUGAAAAGGUGUUUGCCUGAAGAGAAAAGGAGUUCUAACAAGCCCAGUACCAUUAGUGCUCUCAACUAUGCCCUGCAGUGUGUCCAGCAGGUCCAAGCAAACAAUGACUUUUUCCAGGCUCUGAAUGACCGAAGAGCGUUUCAGGCAGAUGUGGUGACAUACAGCAUAGAAGAGUUGGUGGCGGUUGCAUCUGAACACACUCCAAAAAACACUGACACAUUUGUGGCUGUAUUUUCUUUGCUGUCUGGACGCAUAGUGCAUAUUUCUGAGCAGGCAGCAUCCAUUCUGAACUGUAAGAAGAAAGUGUUGGACUCUUCCCGGUUUGUGGAGUUGCUUGUCCCUCAGGAUGUGAGUGUGUUCUACACACACACUGAUCAGUCUCACCUGCCCCUUUGGAACAUGGAAAGUCAAACAGCUUCUCCAUAUGAAUAUGCCCAGGUGAAAUCCUUUUUCUGCAGGAUCAGGGGUGGGAAAGAUCAAGAACAAGAAGCACGUUGUUACCCCUUCCGAAUCACCCCGUACUUGGUCCAUGUGUGCACUUCUGUCCGUGUGGAUGCAGAGUCCUGCUGCUUAGCUGUGGCUGAGAAAAUCCACUCUGGAUAUGAAGCUCCUCGAAUUCCUAUGGAUAAAAGAAUAUUCACCACCACACACACCCCUGGAUGUGUUUUUCUGGACAUAGAUGACAGAGCAGUGCCUUUGUUGGGUUACUUACCUCAGGAUUUAAUUGGAACAUCCAUUCUGAUGUAUUUGCACCCAGAAGAUCGUCCUUUGAUGAUCACUAUUCACCGGAAAAUACUGAAAUUUGCUGGCCAGCCCCCUUUUGAGCAUUUACCUAUUAGAUUUUGUACUCAAAAUGGGGAUUAUGUCAUACUGGACACCAGCUGGUCCAGUUUUGUGAAUCCUUGGAGCAGGAAGAUUGUGUUCAUCAUUGGUCGACACAAAGUCCGGACAAGCCCUCUGAAUGAAGAUGUCUUUGCCCCAAGAAGUAAAGAAAUGAGCAGCGUGGAGAAAGAGAUAAGAGAAUUACAAGGCCAAAUUUACAAACUGCUUCUGCAGCCAGUUCACAGCAAUGUUUCCAGUGGUUAUGGAAGCCUUGGAAGCAGUGGCUCUUACGAGCACUACAUCAGCAUAGCAUCUUCAAGUGACUCUAAUGGGAACUGUGCAGAGGAAACACAGGAACCAAUGACAUUACAACAAGUUUGUGCAGAUGUCAACCGAAUAAAGAACUUGGGGCAGCAGAUGUACAUUGCAUCUAGGAGCAAGCCACAGAAUGCAAAUGAACAGUCUGUGAGCUCAGAAGUUUUGGGAGGGAAGAGGCACACUGCUUCCUGUUUUCUUCAGACGCUGAGAGGGGAUAGCACAGAUGAACCAGGCAACACUUUUUAUGAUGAUCCAAAGAAGACUCCACAUGUUCCUUCCUAUCAGCAGAUCAAUUGUGUUGAUAGUAUCAUCAGAUAUCUAGAGAGCUGCAGUAUUCCAGCACUGAAAAGGAAAUGUAAAUCUUCUGCAAAUACAUCAUCGUCAUCUUCAGAAGAUGACAAACAAGUCCAGCAAAGUCAGCAGGAAGUCAGGGCGCUGGAAGAUACUGCUAUGCUGUCAGCAGUUGAGUCCCACACGCCAAUAUCUGCUGGUCUGGAAGAGACGCUGAAAGACCAGACAACUGCAGGCAUGGUGGGAGCUCCUCUGGCAGACCUGACCCUGUCCAACAAGGCUCCAAGUGUCAUAUCUGUCACCAGCCAGUGCAGCUACAGCAGCACUAUAGUGCAUGUCCCACACCCUGAAUCAGAAGUGACUACAAUGGAGGAUGCUGCUGUUGGAAGUGAACAAAUCGAGCUGCCUCCUGUCAAUGCUCAGAGUCUUGCAGUGCUGCCUGAGGACUUAAAGCCAGUUGGGCUAACAAAAGAGACAUUGUCAGCCCACACUCAAAAGGAGGAGCAGAACUAUGUUGACAAGUUCCGACAGAGGGUCUUGCUCUCUCCAUUUAGGACUUACCUUCAACAAGGAAGCAGAAGUAACAACAGACAUUCCUGUGGCCAAGGUGAUUCCCCUGCAAAGCAGAUGAGCCCAGCUAGCUGUAAAAAAGGAAAACAUGGAAAAUUCAAGCGCCAGAAACCUCAGAGACAGUGCUCAGAUAACCACUCUUCUAGUAAAAACAGAAAUAGUCUUCCAUGUGAGAAGAGAACAAAUCAGAAACAGUUGUUCUCUCCCUCAGAAGUGUCCUAUCUGAGCUCCUCCGGUCUGAAUGUUCAUCCUCCUGUGGGAUUUCCUGCCUUUUUGAAUCCAGUGUCUACUUUUCCAGCCUCUUCUGGAGGAGAGCAGCUUGCCCUUCGCUCAUUACAGCCUCAGUCCAUGUCCUCAUCACAGCUAUACUGUGGAACACAGUCAUACCCAGUCUUUUAUCCCCCAAACAUAGGCACAUUCAUGGCUGUAUUUUUUCAGGGUUUCCCCAUGUAUGCUCAGAUGCCUCAACAUGUCUUUCUCCCUAGCCCUCAGUGUGUUUAUCCCCCUUCUUCAUACCCAUGCACCACACUACCUCCAGCACCCCCUCCUUGUGCUCCAUCACCAGCAGCACCACACUCAGUGGAUCAGCCCUUUCCAGCCUCUCCUCACUCAUCUGUGGAGGACCAGCAAGAGGGCCCAUGUGACCAGGCCCUACUGCUGAGCAGCUCACGGAGCAGCUCCCCACUUCAGCUGAAUUUGCUUCAAGAAGAGCUGCCAAAACCUAUGGAGCUUUCCGUUAGUGCUGAUGUUAAGCCACAGGCAGAGGAUAAAUGUGAUAAUGAUCCAGAAGAUAAUGGUAACAAUGCUGCUCUUGAAUUUCCUGACCGCUCGUUGUACGAGGACUCACAGUUGGGUUCAGGUUCAGCAGCAUCAGGCAGUGGAUCAGCUUUAUCUGGUUCUUUAAGUUCUAGCUUCAACGAGACUUCUGGUCAUGGCACAGCAGGUAGUGGGAAAAGCAGCAACAAUUUUGCCAGUAAUUAUUCUUCUGAAGCUUCCAAAGAAGAGAAGAAUCAGGAAGCAGAAGAAAAAGGGACAGCUUAUAAAUCGAAACAUGAGUCAGCCUGGGUGAUGAUGGAUUACACACCUGAGAGAGUUCUAAUGAAUUACCAAAUGCCAAACAGAGUCAAAGAGGAAGUUCUAAAGCAGGAUCUGGAGAAGCUGGCAGUCAUGCAAAAGCAGCAGCCUUGGUUUACAGAUGGGCAGAAGAAGGAGCUUGCAGAGGUGCACUCAUGGAUCCGGACCCAGACUGUCCCCCUGCAAAUCAGCACCCAGGGCUGUGUUACGUGUGACAGCAGGGAAGCAAGCUGUGAGGCUGCAGUGCCUGAUGACAGCAUGGAAAACAAGGGAGAGCCACCUCCAGUCCUGCCACGCUGAGGGCAUCAGCACCUGUGUCAGUGCAACUGCUUGAUGUAAUUCCCACCCUCUUUCCCUCUGGCUUUGCUCCAUACCAGCAGUGAAUCUCCAUGGCCAUCUCUUACCAAUAUGAAAUAUUUCAGUCACACAUGAAACUCAAUCUUCCUCUGUUACCCCUCUGCUCCUGGCAUGACUCUGAAGACAAUCUUUCAGUGGGAGGCUGUUUCACUUUCUGACCUCACAGACUUGACACAGGAUGGGUUAUGUUUGUAACCUUUAACUGCUCAAUGAUGAGCAAAAUAACAAGAUUUUUUUUUUUUUUGUUUGAGUGUUUGUUUUUUGAAGUUGGCAAAUAAGUGUGAAAAGAUGCAGUGUUUAAGAACCUAUGGUGGUGAACCUGCUGAUCAGAGCAUGUUUACUCUCCAAGUAAGGUGGAUGUAUUGAAGCCAAGCUACAGUACUCUUCAUUUAUGUUCACUAUUUAAAGUGAGCUAAAGAUCCAAAUAUCCUGAGGCUCUGAAACUGUGGUAGCUGGUUUGAGAAUCCAUAGGCUUUUUAAAGAGCAGCUGAAACAGCCAGGUUAUUCUGCAUCAAAUGCCUUUUGCUAGCUUGUGCCCAUUGAAAAAAGUAAACGGACAUGAAAAGAAGCAAAUUUUUCCCUAUGUUUUUUGUGAUGUGUGUUUUGGAGUCAAGUUGUUCUGCAGCUUUUAAUUUUAAAGCUCUAUUUAUCAAGAUAGAUAUAUAAAUUAAUUGAGGAUAACUGGUUUGCAAAUACACCAGAGAUGAAAUUACAUACAGAAAUUAAAAAAACCCAGCCAACCCAGAAGUAUGAAUCCACAGGCUCUGCUUUUUAAAAACAGACCCAUGGAAAAUUUUCUCUAUCAAGGCAAGUAGUUAUUAAUUAAAGUAGUUACAUGCAAUCUUAUCUUACUUUGGUAGUGCGUGGGAAGGUGGGUUUGUAUCUUAAUGUUUUCAUUGUUGAGUGGUUAGAAGAGUUGAAUCCAGACAUAACAAGCUAGGAAAUUAUCUAAGCAGUUUCUCUGAUUUGCUUUCGUUGUGGUGAUGCCAAAACAAAAAAAGAAUUAAUUUCAUUUCUUCUGCUUUCAAAACUCAUAUGUUGUGGAACUAAACUUGAACAUCAAACUACAUAUUCAUUAUUUCUGAGCACUGCUGACUUCCUGCAUAACAUUUAACCUCUUUGAUUGUAAGGGAGUCUCUGGCUGUUGAAAUCCAUGGAUGAAAAAGGAGUUUAUAGUUCAGAAUGUGAUAACCACUUUCAGUAUGUAAAAGGAUUUGUUCUCAUUAAUGUCUCAAAGUGCUCUUCAAACAGGACAUGUUUGGCUAAAAACCUGGCAAAUUUUGUCUGAUUUCCCCUGUGUUUAUCAAAGGCUGGAUGUAAUCAGAUUUUCCUUGUGGUGUUAUUAAUCACCUUAGCUUUCUUAGCAAAGAGUUUUAGAAUGUAACACAUUAUUUCUCCUUUUGUUCUGUGUAAUCCUUUUGCUGGUGUGUGAAAUAUUUUCAUUUCUCUAGUUUCAGUUACUGGUAAGCUUCAAGUAAAAUACUGUGAUCUGCAGGUCAUUGAAAGAAGAUUAUAUUUAUCUAAAGGUUUCUUUACUUGUAAAAGUCAAUCCAGUGACAAUCUUUCUUGUUAAAGUUUAUUUUAAGGAAAGUUACUUUUACAGAAUUGAGUUUUCAAGGCUAAUUUGACUCAGGCA